AACAGUGGUCAUACCUAUCACUUACAGCGAGGGCAACACAAUAAUUUCCACCUGAGGACUCUAAAUACAUCUCGGAUUAAAUUCCAUUGCGAGAUCACUUUUUUUUAUCAUGAACAUCUUAUUAUAACAUUUGAAUAUUUCUUGUUAUAACAUUUGAAUAUUUCAAACUACUUUAUUAUUUUUGAAAUUCGCUGCAGAGAGUUUCAAAUACAUCAUUUUUUGAUUUGCAAUUUAUCAAUUGUGCACCUGGUAAUUUAGGAGAUGGUGUCUAGGUUGCAGAUAUUGCUCUUGUUGUGGUGUGCGGUCCCUCUCACUUGGGCACAAGUUGCAUUCAGCGACGUAAUGGAUAAUGGAAUAAAAGAGGAACUACAACAGACCGACGGACCACUGCUAGAUGAUGAGAUGGACAACCAGGAAAACGUUUUAACUCAGCUGCUGGGAGAUUAUGACAAAGUGAAAACGCUGUCGGAAGGCUCUGACUGUCGCUGUAAAUGUGUUGUCAGACCGCUGAGCAGAAGUGCCUGCCGGCGGAUAGAGGAGGGCGCCGCCAAAGCCGAAGACUUUUACACAGUGGAGACUGUGACAUCGGGGCCCAAUUGUAAAAAGUGUGCGUGUAUAGCCCCACCCUCUGCUCUGAAUCCCUGCGAGGGAGAUUACAGGUUCAAGAAGCUGCAGGAGGCGGGGAAAGAUGACAUCAAGCUCUCAACAGUAAUGGAGUUAUUGGAGGGAGCGUUUUACGGGAUGGAUCUGUUAAAGUUGCACUCAGUUACAACCAAACUCCUCAACCGGGUUGACAAUAUAGAAAAGACCUUUUCUUGUAACCACACGGAGAAGGAUAAAGUGAGUGUGAGGAGCCCCUCUAGUGAGGAAAAGGAGCGAGAGAAGGAGAGAAGAGCCCAGCAGAGGAUGGAAAAGAGAAAACGUCUGACUGAGCUGGAGCCGUCUCUGCAGAAGGAUACAGCUGCAGCUUAUGCUAACACAGAGAAGAAGUAUGAGGAGCGCUACAUUGGGGCCAAGGGCCAGGGGACCACCAGGCCCAUGCUGAAGAGGAGCCAGCUGCAAAACAGGGAGGGGCCCCUGAAAGGCAAGGUGGGACUCAACGGCAUGGUCAUCAGAGGAGUGACUUUCUACAAGGCCAACACGGUGGACGAUGGAGCCGCUGGGGAGCUCACAGCAGACGAAGCCCUGAGCGGUGAUGGUUCCAUGGACCUGCUCAUCGAUGACCAGCUCCUGAGACCCACCCAGCCCAGACCUGUAGCAGGCACCGCGACACCAACAUCGCAAGACAGGAAGUGGAACCCAGACAACCAGGCCACUCGUGCCUCCAAAACAACCAAUAGUCCCCAAGGAAAUCCCACCACAUCUGCCCCUAAAGCUACCGAGACACCAUCAACCACUGUGUUCAUCCCAACCACAACCAUUCCAACCACAACUACGACCGCAGCAACCAACACUACUACAAUGGUUGCGACAAGCGCAAGCACCACUCAGCCAGCGGCCACUAGGAAACCUGAAACCUUGUCUGUUUUGACCACGUCUCCAACCGCUGCAGUGCGACAGGUCAACAGCACCACAGCCUCACCCAGCAAGGUGACGGGUGCGCCCAAACUCAAGCAUCACAUCGGCUGGACAGAGGGCCCCUCGGCGACCCCUAAAGUCCCUGGCAUGUGCAAAGACACUCUGGCCUCCAUCUCGGACCCAGUGACCCAUAACACCUACGGCCGGAAGGAAGGGGCCUGGAUGAAGGACCCAAAGGGCAACGGAAAUGUCAUAUAUGUCACCAACUACUACUAUGGUAACCACCUACUGGAAUUCCACGACAUGGACAACUUCAAACAAGGACACUUCACCAAUUCCUACAAGUUCCCGUACAACUGGAUCGGCACAGGCCACGUGGUGUACAACGGAGCUUUCUAUUACAACCGCGCCUUUUCCCGUGACAUCAUCAAGUUCGACCUGCAUCUGCUCUACGUGGCGGCCUGGACGACGCUGCACGACGCCGUGUUAGAGGAGGAGGACGCCUCCUGGAGGCGGCGAGGACACUCGGAUAUCGACUUUGCGGUGGAUGAGAGCGGCCUGUGGUUAGUGUACCCUGCUCUGGAUGAGGAGGGCUUCCAUCAGGAAGUAAUCAUCCUAAGCCGUGUGAACCCGACCGACCUCAGCCUCCAGAGUACGUUCAGAACGGGCCUGAGGAGACACUUCUACGGAAACUCCUUUGUCAUUUGUGGUGUCCUGUAUGCGGUGGACAACUACGAACGCACCCUCGCCAAUAUAUCCUACGCCUUCGAUACGCACACACACACCCAGAUGAUCCCCAGAAUACCUUUCACAAACAACUACACAUACACGACGCAAAUCGACUACAACCCCAAGGACAAAAAGCUGUACGCAUGGGACAACGGUCACCAGGUGACCUACAAUGUUAUAUUUGCAUAUUAAAAGCAGACGAGUAGUGAUAUAUA